AUGAGUUGGUUUGGAAAUUACUUCUCUCAAUUUCCUGAGGAUGUUUCCUUGCUCAACAUACACUCGCCUCUGUUGCUUUCACUCAUCUCUGAAGAUGAACAGCAUCUUAUUUCCAGUUUGAGGAGCCAUGGGCCAGCCCAGGCUGUGGUGAAGCAGCCCGUCCGGGGAGCCGCUGGCAGGACCACAGUCACAGCGAUUGUCCAGACUGGUGGAGACUGGAGCACCGGCCUCUUCAGUGUCUGCAGAGACAAGAGAAUCUGUUUCUGUGGCCUGUUUUGUCCAAUAUGCCUUGAGUGUGACAUCGCCAGGCAUCACGGAGAGUGCCUUUGUUGGCCAUUGUUACCUGGGUCCACCUUUGCGCUGAGAAUUGGCACCAGAGAGAGACAUAAAAUACGGGCCACGCUGUGUGAGGACUGGCUCGCCGUGCACUGCUGUUGGCCCUGCGCCGUCUGCCAGCUGGCCCGGGAGCUCAGGAUGCGGGCCGCCCGCCUCUACGGAAUCUAUGCGGCCUUCAACGAGGGACAGCCUUGA